GCCGCAGCGGGCGGGUCGCAGCGGCAAGACAGGCGCCGCCUUCCCGCCUGCCCGCCCGCCUCUGCGGGGCCGGAGUCUGAGGACGAGAAGCGGCGACGCUGGUCCUCCUGGCGGGCGGGAGGAGCUGGAGAUGCCGGCCAGGAUCUGGGCCCCGCCGAGCUCCUCUGGGGUGGACAGCCGCAUCGCGCAGCCGCCCGCUAGCCUGCUGAGGGGGCACCGGCCUGCACCCCGCGUCCAGCCAGCCCCUCGCCUCAGCCCUCGCCCCAAAUCAUUGUAGGUUUGGUGUCUUGGAAGUAUGGAAUCAAUCUCUAUGAUGGGAAGUCCUAAGAACCUCAAUGAAACUUUUCUACCAAAUGUUGCCAAUGGCAUCAAGGAUGCCAGUAAGAUCACAAUAGGCAUCAUUGGAAGUGGAGACUUUGCUAAGUCAUUGACGAUUAGACUUAUCAGAUGCGGGUACCACGUGGUUGUAGGAAGCAGAAACCCUAAACUUGCUGCUGAGUUCUUUCCCCAUGUGGUUGAUGUCACUCACCAUGAAGAUGCAGUAACAAAAACAAACAUAAUUUUUGUAGCCAUACACAGAGAACAUUACGCCUCUUUGUGGGACCUCAAACAUUUACUCACUGGUAAAAUUCUGAUUGAUGUCAGCAAUAAUACAAGAGUAGACCAAUAUCCGGACUCCAAUGCAGAGUAUUUGGCAUCACUUUUCCCAGAUUCCCUGAUUGUCAAAGGAUUCAAUGUCGUUUCAGCUUGGUCACUGCAGGUAGGACCAAAGGAUGCCAGCAGACAGGUCUAUAUAUGCAGUAACAAUGUUCAGGCUCGCCAUCAAGUUAUUGAGCUUGCCCGUCAGCUCAGUUUUAUUCCUAUUGAUUUGGGGGCAUUGUCGUCUUCAAGGGAGAUUGAAAACUUACCUCUGCGACUGUUCACACUGUGGAAAGGGCCUGUAGUGAUUGCCAUUAGCCUGGCAACGUUUUUCUUCAUUUAUUCCUUCAUCAGAGAUGUAAUCCAUCCAUAUGUGAGAAAUCAGCAGAGUGACUUUUACAAGAUCCCCAUUGAGAUUGUGAACAAGACUCUACCAAUUGUUGCUAUCACUUUACUUUCUCUAGUGUAUUUAUCAGGACUUAUUGCAGCUGCUUACCAGCUUUACUAUGGUACUAAGUAUAGGCGAUUUCCACCUUGGCUGGACAACUGGCUCCAGUGUCGAAAGCAGCUUGGACUGCUCAGUUUUUUCUUUGCAACAGUGCAUGUGGCAUAUAGCCUCUGCUUACCUAUGAGGAGAUCGGAGCGAUACUUGUUCCUCAAUAUGGCAUAUCAACAGGUUCACGCCAAUGUUGAAAAUUCUUGGAAUGAGGAAGAAGUGUGGCGAAUUGAAAUGUAUGUCUCCUUUGGAAUAAUGAGCCUUGGAUUGCUUUCUUUACUGGCAGUAACUUCCAUCCCUUCAGUAAACAAUGCCUUAAACUGGAGGGAGUUCAGUUUUAUUCAGUCUACACUUGGAUACGUUGCUCUGCUCAUAAGUACUUUCCAUGUACUGAUUUAUGGAUGGAAAAGAGCUUUUGAAGAAGAGUAUUACAGAUUUUAUACACCACCAAAUUUUGUUCUUGCCCUUGUUCUGCCUUCCAUUGUAAUUCUAGUGCUUGUUUUACUGAGUGUUGAUACUAUGCUGGCAGCUGGGGCCCCGAACUUCCACCUUUGUCCAGCUGUACCUUGUACUGUACAAAAGUGCAUGUCCACCCAUCACAGUAAACCCAGCAGAGGGCCUGGUGUUCCCGGACAGUUUGGCAUUGGCGGGCUCAGCCACACUCCCAUCCUGGAGACACCGUUUCAGAAUACAACCACGCAGACAUUAGAUACGAUGCGUCCCCUUAGGAGCAUCCCGUGUUCACAGCUGAGAGAUGCCGUAGCAAACCUAGGGGUGAAAACUGUGAGCAAGUAGAAAAUACCCAAAUCC